AGCUGACAGAAGGUAAACAAAGCGAAAGUAGGAGAUGGAAGGCGAUUCAGUUAAACAAGAAAAAAGAAAAUUGGCACCAAUAGCGGCGAGAGAAAGAGGUCCUGGUCCGGGUCAUUAUAGGUUACCAUCUACAUGUGGUUAUACUGACCAUGAUUGUACUAAACACACUAAAGCUGCCUAUUCUUUUGGUCGUCGAUUGGCUCUUUUGGCCAAUCAGAAUUAUACCGCCACUCCCGGUCCAGCCUAUCUUAUAGAACCAGCUAUAACUAAACAUGGCCGAGAUGGUACACCAGCCUACUCCAUGCUAGCCAGACGAGAUGGAGCACACUUGUUCAACACUCCAUCACCAGGGGCAUAUUUCCCAGAGAAAGUUCAUCCACAGGGGGAGAGGCACGCCCCUAAGUAUUCUGUCGGGGCUCGAACAAGAUACAGGAAGACGGAUAACAACCCAUCAGCUAAUAAAUACAAACUACCAUCCGUCUUAGGCGCCAAUCAACCAGAUAAACCAUCGUCUGCUGCCUACUCUGUUGUUGGUAGAAGGAAUGUCGGCAGUUACCUAGAGGAUAUGGCCAAGGCACCGGGUCCAGGUCAUUAUCAUUCAACUACACCCGAUACUUAUAAAAUCAAGGCACCGCUAUAUUCACUGAGACGUCGAUGCUACAUGCCGGAGGACUGUACCCUGAAACCGGGCCCGGGUGCUCACAGUCCCGAAAAGGUCAUCAUUAAUCGGCGAUCAGCCCCGCAACAUUCAUUAGGAAUACGUCAUUCAGAAUAUAUUUGUCAGGUAUUCGCGGAUUUAUAAUAGUAUGUCAAUUAUUGUUUUCUUGUAAAUUUUGUAAUUGGACAUUCAGCAAUCUGAUUAAAGCACAGAUCCUAUUUCGUUUCGUUUUUAUAGUUCAAAAUUUCGUUUUACUUGCCUUUACUACACUUGUAGUGUAAA